GAAGUUUGAAUGUAAAGUGAAACCUUUGAUUACUAACUCAAGCAUAGUUAGUGUCGCUAGUUCAUGAGAAAAAUUAUGUAAAUUAGUUAUUAAAACUAAAUUACUGAGUUGAUGUCUGUGUUUUGAAGUUUAUAUUCAAAGAUGUCAAGACAAGUUUAACUUAGCUAAAACCAGUCUGUGAUUUGAAGACAGAGUAAAAACAAAAAACAGUUGUUGACAUUUCAUUCAUUUUCAAUGUUACCCUCGAAAGGGUAUUUUAAGAGUCUGAGUUGUCCAUAUUUUGACAAAAGAUUCUGUAAUAGACCUCACUGCCACUUUCGACACACUAAAAAAGAAAAAGUAGCAGAUGAAUUGGAGGAAGAUGGUGAACAAACUGAGCUGAUUGAGGAGAUAAGCAACAAUUCAUCAAAAACCAAUGAUGAAGACAAUUUAUUUGAGAAAACACAAGGUGAAGGGAAUCGGGUAGGUGAGACAAUGAUUGGUAACAGUAUCAGUUACAAGCCUACACCUAUUGCAGAGCUGAAGAAAAGGCACAUACCUGUUGUCUCUGUUCCUAGUAUGGUUUCAUCACAUCCUCAAAAAAGGAGACUCGAGUAUGAUGUUAAAGAUGUAAAAAAACCUAAAGUAGAGUAUGUACCUGAAUCUGUAAGUGUUAACCAAAUUGAUUGCAAUUUACGAUCAAUUGAAUGUAGAUCAGGGGCAGACUCUGAGACCUUAUUUUCCGUAUCAUCCAACAAUGAAACUCAUAUUUAUAAAGCCACAAAAAUAACCAGCAAUUCAGAAAAAGGACGUGUAAAAAAUGAUAUAAAAAAUACUUCAUUCUUGCCAGGUGCAGAAGACAUCGAUGAUGACAUUGAUUUUGACCAAGUUACUAAUGAGUUGAAUCUCUUAACAGAAAUUUUGAAAGAAUAUGAUAGUGAACCAGAAAAUAAAGAAAUGAAUAUAUGCGGUGAUGAUCUUAGUACAAAUACAGACAGUGAUGUUUGUUUUAGUAAAGAAAAAGAUCAUGUACAUUCACAUAGUUUUAUUAAUCGCCCUAAAAGUCCAUCAAACAAAGAAAAUAAAUAUACUAUUAUGGAAGAUAACCAAAUUAGUAAUAAAGUUAAUAGAAAGUCAACCGAAUUAAAUGAAAAAGAAAAAAUUACUCAUAAAAAGACAUCUCAAAGUAUCAACUCAGAUAGUAAAUUUAAUAACUCAAUCCAACCAAAAGAUGAAACCUCAAAAUGUAAAACAUCUACAUUGAGUAGUAUUAAAUGCGAUAUCAAGAAUAGUAGUAAUGAUAAGAAACAUAAGUUAAGAGAUGACCAUCAUAGGUCUGAACGAGAUAAAUCUCAAAAGAAAUCUGAUAGCGGCUCAGGCAAGAAAUCAUCAAAGUGUGAUAGAGAAAAUGAAAUAAAACAUGAUACAGGUCACAAAAAAGGUUCAGGACAUCAUUCACUUUCUACCAGUACACAGAAAAGUGAACAAAAUGCAAUUAGUAAUACGUCUUCCAAAAAAGAUUAUCAUAAAACCUAUAAAUCUUCAAAAAAUAAUGUAGAAAAUAGAUCAAACAAACCACACUCACACAAAAAAGAGUCAACACAUAGCAAUAGUUCCACAAAGCAAUCUAGUUCACUAAAAAAAGAAAAGAGUGUUUCUGCAAAGUCAUCCAAACAUGAAUCAGAAGAUGAAUCUACAUCCAGUAAGAGGAGAAGGCUUAGCACAGUUGAGAGUGACUUAAUUAGUAAUAAGUAUAAGGAGGAAUUAAAAUUUAAAACUAAACACAAUGAAAGCAGUGGGACUAGUGAUGAAAAAAACACUUCAAAGCCACCAAGGGAUGUAAAAUCCAGAAAAGAAAGUACAUCAAUUGCGAAAAUUGUUGAAAGUAAGGUUAAAGGCAAACAAAGCUCAUCUAGUUCAAGAGAAAGUCAUAGAAAUAACAAACAAGACUAUGAAAGUAGUAGAAGAGGAAAGGAUCGCUGUUCUAGCAAAACCAGAUCCAGUUCUGACAGCGAUGAUGAAGUGGAAAUCAUCAGUGAUGUUGAGUCAAUCAUAACUGUUCCUGACUCUGAGGAUGAAACAAAUCCAGACGAAGGAAAGGUAUCCCAAAAUGAACCUGGGAGGAAGACAUCGUAUUCAUCAGAGCUUCCACUAUCUAGAGUUCAGUCACCCUCAUUCCCUGCAGAUGAUUCUCUUGAUGACGAAUCUAAUGAAGAUGAUCAACCCACAUCCAGUAAACCUGGGACUGCCUCACAACACCAAGACGAUACUUCACUUAUAGAUCACCGAGUGAAGAGUCAUAUGAAGAACAGGAUAUCUUUGGGUAAUGCUUGGAGACCACCCCAGAGAAAGGCUGUUGAAAUUAUGACUCCAGCUAAACGACUGUUGAUGUUCAGAAGACAAGUUGAACAAGAAAGAAAAGAUGAUCCUGAUGGACAAUCAUCCUCAUCUGGUCGCCUAAGGAUUGGGUGUGUCCCCAAUGUAAAACUUCUCCUAGAAGAAAAAGAGAGACUUCUACAAUACUCAUCUAAACAAGAAAUACUUCCACCCAGAACCAGCCAGAUGUUAAGUAAAUUAAAGCUGGGGAAAAUAUUUUCAAUGGAAGACAAGGAUGAACCUCCCCAAGUUGUGAAAACUAGUCAUCCACAAAAUGCUGGAGCAGACAUCGUCACCAGACAACAGUACAUGGAUCUGUUGUACCAAGCUGCUAGGCAAUUGGUAAAACCUGGUGAACACUAUAGCUCUGCCAGAGACAAGUGCUUAAAGGAGGAACAAUCCGUUUGGCUACAAUCUAAACAUCAGGACUAUCCUUCUGAAAUGAAAAUUUUAAUUGGCCGUACGAGAGAAGAAAUCCCUGCUUUCACAUUACAGUAUUAUAAAUCGAUCCAUCCUAAAAAAUCAGUACUGUUUCCUCCUGAGCUGAGACAAAAGAUGGAUGAAAAAAGCAAUUCAUGCUUUGGUAAAAUACUGAAUGAUAAGGAUCAAAAAGUGUCUUUGUAUUCAGCUUUACAUAAAUAUCUACUGACUGAGGACCAACUCGUCGAGGAAGGCUAUCCCCGAAAAAAAGAAGGUAAUAAUCACAACGUUGUGGCUUACAUAGAUGAAGCGAGCAUACAAAAAUGGAAUAAACAUGUAAAAGAUAAACCUCCCCGGGGUGAGAAACAGUGUGCCAAAUGUGGUAAAUUCUAUCAAGUUGACGAUCAAGGAUUUAGCUUGGAUCCCAAAGGAUGUAAUUACCAUCUAAAAAAGUCCAUGGAAAGGAAGAGUGAAAGGGGUGGUUUUAGAAGAGUCUACAGAUGCUGUGGCCAGACGAUAGAUAAUCCUUGUGUGGCAUCUGAAUAUCAUGCGCCUAAUGAUGUAGACUACAACAAUCUGGAAGGGUUUGUAGAAACCAUAAAACCUGAAGGAGUAGAACCUGCUGAGGGAUGGGGUGUGUAUGCUGUGGAUUGUGAGAUGUAUUGGUCCACUUCAGGAUUAGAACUGGGGCGGGUAACUGUUGUGAAUGCUGAGCAACGAGUUGUCUACGACACUUGUGUAAAACCUGAAAAACCCAUUGCCGACUGCUGUACUAGAUUGAGUGGUCUUACCGAAAAUCACUUAAAAAAUUCCAAAGUGUGUUUGAAAGAGGUUCAACAAGCAAUGUUAACAUUGUUUAAUAGCAAGACCAUACUGAUUGGCCACAGUCUAGAAAAUGACUUGAAAGUGCUUAAGUUGGUUCACAGCACGGUAGUAGAUACCGCCAUGGUUUUUCAAUCUCAGGGGAAAAAACAAGCACUAAAAGCUCUGGCCAAAGAGUUUUUGAAUGAAGUGAUUCAGUAUGAAGGUGAUGCACAUGACUCAGCGGAAGAUGCCAUUGCAUGUUUAAAACUCAUGCAGUGUAAAAUUAAGAAGGAUGCUCUUGUUGAAUCUAAACCUAAACCUCCAACUCCCAAGAUGAGGUAUAGGAAUACUCGUGAUAUGUACAAUUGAAUAUUAGUUCUAUUGAAUGAACUUCUAUUAUGUUAUUUUAGUUGUACAUUACAAUUACAUUGUAUUAGUUAAAAUUUGUAUUAAUUAAGAUAAAUAAAAACCUAUUGACA